CCACAACUCUGGAAUCUUUACUAUGCAGUUAGUUAGCCUUUGUUUUUCCCCAUCCUAGUUAGUGUAUCUUCUAGUAGCAGAGACCUUACAGUCGGUAUGCCGAUUAAGGCAUUAAAAAUACAGACUUGGAAUCAUAGGGCUAGAAAAGACUUCAGGAGGUCAUUGAGUCCAGACCCCUGCCCAAAGCAGGACCAUUCCCAACUAAAUCACUCUGAUCUGUCACAAGAUUAUGAGCUUUGCCUUGCAACUUGAUUAUAAUAAUGUCUUGCCCAAGCUAUGUUCAGAAUUUUGAGAACAUCUCUCAAGGACAGACCUGUGAAAAUCAGAAAGUUGGGGCUCUUUGUAGAUUUCAAUCCUGAAACAAUGUUGCUGGAUAUAGAGGAUGAUGGUGAUGAGGAUUUAGAAGCUGAGCUUGCCUCUAUCACAGGAGAGAAGGUGAAAGAUGGGAAGUCAAAACCCAAAGGGAAAACCCCUCUGCCCAUGGAUCAUAUUGAAAAGAUGGCUGCAGAGUGCAUGAAGGACCUGAAUGAGGAGGAAAAGGAGGAAGAUGAAGGUUUGGAGGAGGAUACAGACCUUUUGGCAGAGUUGCAGGAGGUUCUGGGCAACGAAGAUGAGACAGGAAGUGGUGAGGAUGAAACCAUAGCAAUGGAAGUGCUCACAGCUCCACCAGUAAUACAGCAGCAACCUGAACAACAGGCAGAGGUCACAUCUCCUGCUGUUUCCAGUGAGUUGCAGCGGAUGAUAGAGGACAGAAUUGCAAACUAUAAAGCAGCAAUCUUGAAUGCAAAGGAAGCAGGCGAGAGUGGCAAAAUACGACGGUACGAAAGAGGCCUGAAGACACUGGAAACCAUGCUGGCUGCAAUGAAGAAGGGCAAAAAGGUCAAUGAGGAAGAAAUUCCGCCUCCUGUAGCCUCAGGAAGAAGCUCUAGUCCCAUGUCUCAAGGCACAGGAGCUGUGCCAGAAAGUUUAGAUGACCCAGCUAAGAUAGUACCCAAGGAGAAAGUGAAAUCCUCUACAGACCAUGAGCCUGUUCAUGAUAUGAAAUUGUCUCUGGGGCCAGCCUCUCUACAAGGUCAUGCUGCUGCUACUUCUGUCGUGGAAAUGGGUACCAUAUUACAAGAUGAUUCCCUAAACACGAGCACACGGGCACUGUUGGUUACAAGACAGAAAGAGUAUAAAUUGGCAGCUCUGAAAGCCAAACAGCAAGGAGAUCUAGAGAAGGCAAAAGAAUAUAUGAAGACUGGCAAGAAAUUUACAAUGGUCUUAGAGGCAUUGGACAGUGGACAGCCAGUAGACCUCCAGGAUAUGCCCCCAGCUCCACAAGAUCUUGAAAGUCUGAAAAAGACACAAGUUCCAUCAAAACAGACGGCAUCUGUUCCCGUUGAAAAUUCUCACCUCCUCACAACGUUGGAACCUCAAGGCCAUGAAGCCUCAGUCUCUCCUCUGCAGCCAAAAACUGUGCUGGAAGCUUUGCAACAGAGAUUGGAAAAAUACAGAUCUGCAGCGGCACAGGCCAAAGCAAGUGGAGAUGAUCGGAAAGGCAGGAUGCACGAGAGGAUAGCCCAGCAAUACCAAGAUGCCAUAAGAACCCACAAAGCAGGGAGAAAAGUGAAUUUUGCUGAGUUACCAGUUCCCCCUGGAUUCCCCCCCAUUCCUGGUGUGACACCCACAGAUGGUGAUGGUACAAUAGCUGCCGUGCUGGAAAGUGCCAACCAUCUGGCUAACCUGGAAGAGAAAGAGGAUGAAGAUGAAGAGGUGGAGAAUGAACCUCCCACACAGGCCCCAGUUGCCAAGAAGCCUGCUCAGCUGCCUGAGAAGCCAACACAAAUUGUUAAACCAAUUAUGGUGCCAUCUGCUGUAGCUCAGGAAGACCACUCUUCUGAGAGUGUGAAAAAAGUUGCAGCACCAGCAAGUGAACAACUGGAAUUUCUGGAGAACAGAAAGAAGCAAUACUUGAAGGCAGCAGUCAAAGCAAAACAGCAGAAUGAUCUUGAACAAGCCAGACGGUAUCUCAGGACCGCAAAGAACUUAGACCCACAGAUUGAGCUGGCAAAAAGCGGCAAAUCUGUUGAUAUAUCCAAGCUACCAUCGCCCCCUACAGAUGACGAAAGUGAUUUUAUCUUCAUACAUCAUGAGGAUGUCAGACUCUCUCAGAAAGCAGAAGAGGUGUACACUCAGCUCAUAAAACUGCUGAAGGACCAGCAUGAGAAAUGUUUGCAGUAUUCAAGGCAGUUCAUGCAUCUGGGAAACAUAACUGAAACGGCCAGGUUUGAAAAACUAGCACAAGGAUGCAAAAAGGACCUGGAGAUUUUGCAGCUGGCACAGGCCCAGAGGAUGGACCCCCCCAGCCAUCGCUUUGAGGAGAGAAACUUCAAAAUAAUAAGGAUAUUUUCUGAACUCAACAGUACAGAAAUGCAUCUCAUCAUUGUCAGAGGAAUAAACCUGCCAGCUCCCCCAGGUGUGACACCAAAUGAUUUGGAUGCAUUUGUGAAAUUUGAAUUUCAAUACCCUAAUACGGAGCAAGCUCAGAAAAGUAAAACGGCAGUAAUUAAAAAUACUAAUUCUCCAGAAUAUGAUCAGCUCUUCAAGUUGACUAUUAACCGAAAUCACAGAGGCUUCCGUAGAGCAAUUCAGACCAAGGGAAUUAAAUUUGAAAUAUUUCACAAAGGGGGCCUUUUCAGAAGUGACAAGCAAGUGGGAACAGCACAGUUGAAACUGGACAAACUGGAAUCAGAAUGUGAAAUUAGAGAGAUCAUUGAGAUUCUGGAUGGUAGGAAGCCCACUGGAGGGAAACUAGAGGUGAAAGUCAGACUCAGGGAGCCGCUCAGUGGUCAAGAUCUUCAAACAGUUACAGAAAACUGGUUGGUCCUUGAACAUUAGUCAAUCUAAGAUUCAGGAAUGCAUAAAGCCGCAGAGUGGACUUUGUACAUAGAAAGAUGCUGCUGCCUGCAAGCACCAAAGAUGUUAGAUGAAUGCACUACUGAAAAUAACAUGUCUUUAUUUUGGUAACUAUUUUAUGGUGUGUUAAGCCCCUGGAAACUUAUUACUAGUGGUAAAAAUGGAAUUGAUCUAUGCAAAAUGGACUGAAUUGCCUUAAGAUGGGACUACUAAUGUUAGCACCAGAUGAAUGUUACAUAAACUCAUCACAACUAUCCUGUGCUGGGACUGUUUCACAGUGUUGUGUGAAACCACUAAUGGUUUUGCUCUUGAAAAAUUCACUGGAGCAAUAUAAGAUGGAUAAUUUGCAAAUGAGACCUUAUGCUCCCAGCAUGGCUAGCUUGUGGUAGAAUCAACUCUUUCAGACAUAUAUGCUCUUAUGUUGUUAAUGCCACCUCCUGCUUCCUCUUAUGGUCACCCUCGGGCCCUUCUGACUAACUGUAUGCUGCUCCAGUAAGUGUCUGAGGAUGAAGAAAAUAGCAGAGAUCUAGCAGCAGUGUAUCCCAUCUCCUCUACAUGUUCUUGCAGCAUCCUGAACUAGAUGUGCCUUGACUUGAGGUAACAAUAGGAUAUGAGGAAUUUUUUUUUACAACUGGGUUUGGAAUUGGUUAGCAGGUGCCUGUCAUGUUUCCCCAACUGUUUGUUCCAGCUCAGCCUGCUUUGUGUGCCUUCAUUUUCUUAACACUUGGAAAUCAGUAAAGCCUAAUAUGGUUUCUAAAGUCACAGGGUUUUCUGAACUGGAGCAUUUCACUUGUUGAUUGAAAAAUCACCACUCUUAUUUGUCUAGAAACUGGGUUAUAGCUGUUAGCAGAAUUUUUUUAUGGACUGUAUAUAAAAUAUGGUACUAAAAUUG